AUGCAAGAUUCAUUCGACAAUGAGGAGCCCGACACUCCCACAGAGCCAAGAGUUGACUUCUUUCAUAGAACUUGCUCGCUGAGACAGCAGUUGAUCGUGUGUUUCUAUGAAUUCCUGGGUACAUCAAUGCUUGUACUUGGAUACAAUUUCACAAGUGCAGGGCUUGCAGUAUGCUUUAAUCUAUUUGUGGCAAUAUUGAUGGCAUCUAAAAUCUCAGGAGCAAUGUUUAAUCCCGCUGUAACGAUAGCUUUAUAUCUAUCUAGAGGUGCUCUAUAGAAGAACAUGGUUUUUAUAGUGCUUAUUAUUAGUUCAUAGAUAUUAGGUGCUUAUUUUGGAAUCAUAUUUGCUCACCUUUGCCUAGGCCAACCAGCUUUUCUCUGUCCUUAUGACUAGUUAACUGGGUGCUAUAGCUAUGAUAGCAUGCUUCGAGUAUCUCUACUGGAAUUCUGGUGCACUUUCUUCUUAGCAUUUAUCAUAGUAGCAUAGAGUUAUGAAAUAACCUAGGAAAGUUCAGAUGGCAUAUUAAAAGCAGCUAAUAUUGCUUUGACUUUGUUUGCUAUGAUUUAAACUGCAGGGGGUAUCAGCGGAGGUUGCUUUAAUCCAGCCUUCGGACUUACCCAGACUACCUACUAAGUUGGUUACAUUAAUUCUCUUGGAAUGGAUGGCUCUAUUUUUUCAAAGUACCUGUGGGUUUAUAUUGCAGCGCCUACAGUUGGAGGAAUUGCAUCAGCCUUUUUUAUGAGAUUCGUCCACCUGCCUAAUAUACAUAAAUGA